UAUAAGAUGGCGGCCAUUUUUGUUACCUAUGUAAUUUCCACGGUUUAUUUUAAUAAAGUAUUGAAGUAUUUUGGGAGUAUUUGAGUGAGAAGUUAACAGUGUAACGUGUAACUCUUAUUCAACAAAUUUAAUCAUCAGAAAGUAUGGACAGAAAUGAUGUACCACACAUUAAAAUUGAACCAAAUCAAGAAGAUGAAAUCAAUUCCUUUCUUCAGGGGCACUGUUCAGUAAGCAACAAAGUUUUGGUGACUGUAAAGGACGAAACUACCAUUAGUACUCCGUGUUCUAAAUUUCUUUAUCAUGAAGAAGUACAGCAAAACUCUGACUUUCAAUGUGACUUUUUAAUGCAAUAUAAAACAGAGUACAAAGAUUUAAAAUGUGCUUAUUGUGAUUAUGAAACAAAUGUUAAACGCAACUUCGAGCACCAUGUUUUGAAACAUAAAGUUUCUAAGGAUUUCAAAUGUGCUAAUUGUGAUUAUGAGACAAAUCUUAAAGACAGCUUAAAAAAACAUCUUUUAAAACAUAAAGUUACUAAGGAUUUUAAGUGCGGUGAUUGUCAUUAUGAAACAUAUUAUAAAUCCAAUCUGAAAAAACACCUUUUAAAACAUGAAGCUUUCAAGGAUCUUAAAUGUAUCGAUUGUAAUUAUAAGACAAAUUAUAGAAACAACUUUAAACAACAUCUUUUAAAACAUAAAGUUUCGAAGGAAUUUAAAUGUGCUGAUUGUGAUUAUGAGACAUAUUAUAGAAGCAACCUUUUACAACAUCUUUUAAAACAUAAAAUUUCUAAGGUUUUUAAAUGUGCUACAUGCGAUUAUAGGACGACUAAUAAAUACCACUUCAAACGACAUCUUUUAAUACAUAAAGUGUCUAAGGAUUUUAAAUGUGUUUAUUGUGAUUACGGCACAAAUGAUAAGUGGAUGUACAAACAACAUCUUUUAAUACAUAAAGUAUCUAAGGAUUUGAAAUGUGCUGCUUGUGAUUAUAAGACAAAUUAUAAAAGCAACUUCAAACAACAUCUUUUAAAACAUAAAGUGUCUAAGGAUUUUAAAUGUGGUUUUUGCGAUUAUGAGACAAAUUUUAAAGGCCACUUCAAUCAACAUCUUUCAAAACAUAAUGUUUCUAAGGAUUUUAAAUGUGGUUUUUGUGAUUAUGAGACAAAUUUUAAAGGCUACUUCAAACAACAUCGUUUAAAACACAGUUUCUAAGGAUUUGAAAUGUGGUACUGUACGUUUUAAAACAUAAAAAGGUCUAAGGUUUUUAAAUGUGCUAAUAGUGAUUGAUAUAUAAUAGAUUGAACUUUACACUAUACUUUUUGGGAUACAUUAUACACUAUCUUCAAAUCAUAUGUGGUCCUGAGCUCAUUCAACCAAAUAAAUUUAACGACUACGAACUGCGUUAGAAACUACAAUUUGAAUAUUUACUUUGUUCCAUUAGUACAUUAAAUGUGUAGGUAUUCGAUUUUCUGUUUCAGAAGUAGAAGUAGGUAUACAGAGCGUAGGGUGGAAAAAGUCAUGGAGCAAAUUAUUAACUGUAUGUAUUAACUUCAAACGUGUGUAGCAGUAAUGGUUAACAACAAAACUCUUUUGGGUUUAAUUCCGCAUGAGGGUGUAAGCAAAGUUGGCUGUGACAAUAGCGCUUUUGACAAGAAAAAGACCAUGAGCACAUUCUCUACAACGUAUUUCUUAACUUCCCCAAGCGACGUUGUAACUUGAUCUCUUAACACCCCUAAAAACCACCCGAAAACUGCCCGUUCCCUGCAUUUCUAGCUAGGAAAAAACUGGACUGCAGGUGUUUGAAAUGGUAAACACGUGGUCUUCCGAGAAAUUCCAUCAGUCUCAUUUACGCUCUUUCCCUUUUCUGUAAUCUCCCCAGAUUUCGGUUGGCAGCAUUUUGUAACUAACACGAUGUAUAGGGUGCUUCGUAUCGACAAUCAAAUUCACAGGAUGUUGCUGAGGUUGGGGAAUCUCAGUAUUUUGAAGUUUUUUUUCCUUUUAAAACUAAUGCCAAUGAUAAAAUGGAAAUUUGGCAUUGUAUAAGAUCUUCCACCACGUUAUUUAUCUGUGGUAACGUCAAUGAAGUUAUAGAUUAGGAAUAUGUCGGUUUAUUUUUGUCACAAGUACAUAAUAUGAAAAAUCUUUCAUGUGUAAAGUAAAAACACUGCGAUCAUACAGAAAAUAAGCCUACAACUACAUAUCUAUUCGUAUCGGUAACUUGCGCCGUCGCGGUGUAGCCAUCUGCGCUAAUGCCACGCAUGCUUUACCUGCGCUUAUCUAUGCGAUAUGGCGAUUAAUCCUGGAAACAUACUUCCAUGCGCCACCUGAUAGCUGAGCGAAGAACUACGUGUCUGACGAUACGUAAGAGCCCCA